CCCCCCCCCCCCUCUCUCUUUUAUCUGUGUGGGGCCUGUGAGAGGAUAAAGGGACAUGUGAACGCCUCGCUGAGCAGACACUCCUCGCCGAUCGGACCUCAGCGGACAGACGGCUGCACAGGUGAAUAACAGGACGAAGGAAAAACAAACGCCAAGAUGUGUUGCUCCGGCUUUCUCAAAGUCAUGAUGUUCGUCUUCAAUGGCAGCAUCUUUCUGGCGGGCGUGUGCAUCCUGGCCGUGGGGGUGUGGGUGAAGGUGGACAGCGGUUCCCUGCUGGGCUUGCUGGAGACCGUGGAUGGCGCUCCGCCCGGGUUAUCGCAGCUGGCCAACGUGGCCUACCUGCUCAUGGCCGUGGGCGGCGUGCUGCUGCUCAUCGGCUUCCUGGGCUGCUGCGGAGCCGUCAGGGAGAGCCGGUGCAUGCUGCUCACGUUCUUCAGCAUAAUGCUGAUUAUCUUCCUCGUGGAGGUCGCUGGAGCCGUGGUGCUGCUCGUCUUUAAGGAUGUGGCUGAGCAGAUUCUUGACCACCUGGAGGAGGACGUUCAAAAGAGCAUUAAAGAGGAAUAUGGACGCAACAACAGUUUCACCUCUCUCUGGGACGCCACCAUGGAGGAGUUUAAGUGCUGCGGAUACAAGAGCUACAGAGAUUUCAAUGGCUCCGCUUUUCACAAUGACCACGGGAGGGAUCUUUUCCCAACGGCGUGUUGCAACGAAACCGUCCCCGCGUGCGACACGGACAAAGCCCACGGUUCGAUGAUUGAUGGCUGCUUUACAAAGCUGCUGCAGCUGAUCAAGGAAAACGCUGUGGUCAUUUCCGCCGUGGCCCUGGGAAUCGCUGCCCUCGAGAUUGCUGCCAUGGUGGUUUCAAUGGUCCUCUACAAGAAUAUCGGCAACAAAGCGUGAUAUUUUCAGUUUUAAAUUCGAUCAUGACGUUCCAAUCGGUGGAGAAAUCAUACGUUAGGGUUUUCUAUAUAGUUUUUCUAUGUAGACUUUUUUGAAUGGAAUCAAAAAAGACAAGUCAAGUGAAGCAUCUAAAACAUUCUUAGUUUCAUAACUACAUUUGUACACAUUAUUCUGUGAUUUAUUUAUGUUUUAAGUAGCAAACAUUGUUAGUGCUGAUACAUAUAGUUAGUAAUAUGUGAUGAACUGGAAAGAUCUGCUCAAGUCGUGUGCUUUGUAAAUGUCUUACACUCACUGCAAGCUCUAAUAAUCACGAUAAUAUCUAUUUUUGUAUUUUUAAUCAUUUUGAAAUAAUAAAUGUCACAAUAUCGGGUGG